CCGGUGCAGAAGGAAACCUUUCUCUUCAGUGUGAGCAGCGGAGAUGCGCAGUGCUCCGACGCUGCUGCUGCUGCUGCUGAAUUACAAUUGAGGCUGCAGACAUGAGGACGAGCCUCAGCCGCGGAUGACUGUCACCCCGCGGAUCUCUCGCCUUCCUCCGCCAUGGACACCACCGGAGACGUCGCUCAGGCUCGCGGGACUCCGCUGUAGAUAAGUGAGCAGAUGUGCUGCGGCUCCCACUGAUGCUAUCUGACAUCUCUGCAAAGACCCUCAUGCUGAUCUGCUGCUGACUGGACAGAAAUGCAAACACUGACACGUGGCUGCUACUGCGAGGUGAAGGUGUGGCCAGAAGAGUGAAGUGACUCGACCCUAUCGUUACAUCACAUGGAGGUCAAAAGUCAUCUGAUCACAUCCAUGGGUUUGGGGGCUCCAGAUGUUCCAGGCUGUCAGGACAACAAGCUGCAGGCGGAGAGGAUCUCGGCUCUGCAGGAGAGGAAGCAGGCCCUGGAGGCUCUGCUCCACAGCAGAGUGGGAGAGCUCAAACAAAUCUGCCUGCAGGAAGCGGAGCUGACUGGGAAGCUGCCGCGUGCUUUCCCCUUGGAGACGGGUGAUAAACCCCCAGUUGUGCAGCGCAGAGCUGGCCUGCUGCCUGACAGCAAAGCAGAGGAUGACACCCAAAGAAAGCAAAUGAAAGCCAUCUUCAGCGGGACGCUGUACCGACACUCAGAGUCUGGCAUCCCCAGUAACAAGAGGACGGUUCAUCGUGGUUGCCAUACAGAGGACGCUGUCAUGUCAGAGAGCACAAGCUCCAUGUCAGAUUCAACAUCCCACGACAACGAGUCCUCUCCCAGUGUGGCAGCAGACCAGCGCUCUCAGUCGCAGCCCCGACUCACAGUGGGCAGCCCGGACCACAGGAUCAGCAGGAAACUCUCUCCGGUGGAGAUCUAUUACGAGAUGAGGACGCGUCGCAAUUCAGCCACUAACUCUGUCAGCCCAACUCACUCCUUGCCCAGAAGUACGUCGAAUGUUGAAGGUAGAAGUGUCCCGGCCACGCCCCUCCUGGCCCGGACUGCCCCCAUCAGUGUCCAUGUCAGGUCAGAUGCCUCGGCUGGGAACGGGAUAAAGCAGUGGUCUGGCAGUCUGGAUGUACCAUACAUGGUUCCGCUGGCUCAGGAAGGCUCCUCCUCUGACCGCCGCAGCUGUCCGUACACCUCCAGGGCCAGACGCAGCAACAGCUCUGAAGCCUUGCUGGACCGAUCAAGCAUUCCCGACGAUCCAACACCAAGAAAUGGGAUGCACCCAAAAGGAGGUCCCUAUAAGAGUUCAGAGACACUUACCGAUGGUAAGCUCCAGCAGAUCCACCUGGGCAGCCCGGGGGACCUGGUGGAUGGAUCGGUCGAGCAAGCCAAAAUGCGUCUGUCUAUGGGAGGCAGGGCUGCUGGAGGGGGCUAUAAUGAGCUGCUGAUGGACUACAUCUGGGGGAAACAGCAGAGGAUGCAGGUGCAGCAGCAGCUGUACCAGUCCACCGGCAGGAUCUGGCAGGACGGGCCUUCACCACGCUCUUCCACGGCUGCAGUUCCUCCUCAUGCCAAUGGAUUCUCCCAUUCCCAGGUUCACCUCCCCACCGCUGCUCCGCCGUUCAGCCCCAUGGUGCUACGGGGGUCCCAGGCUGAGCUGCGGCGAGUCAAAGUUACCAGAACCAAAUCCUGUGGCCCCUUUAUUCCUUUACAACAACACCCCCAGGAUGCCAUUUUGCUGUCACCGUAUGAGACCCCUCUCCCAACUUCUACCACAUCUUCCAUCCCCAACCUACUCCCCUACCAGACAGAGCUGUCCGGCCCCGGUUUCGGACGCAGACCCCCACAGUUCUCCCUUCCGACACCGGAGGACUCGACGCGAAGCUUGCAUAAAGCUCUGGCGUUGGAGGGACUAAGGGAUUGGUAUCUACGAAACGCACUGGGGUAUCCCACUGCCUCCAAGAGUCACGAGGCAGGAAUCUCCCGCCUCUCACACCCGCACCCUCUGAUGCACCAGAACCAACACGUUCAAGGUGAUGCAGCGAACAUGCACCGGGCCCAGAUGCCGCAGUCAGUCAGCUUCCACGGACACCCGCUGCAUGGGAGGUCGGUGGAGUUGUCCCUCUAUCAGGACACCUCUCAUCCGCAAAUGAACGAGGUGACCCCAAAGGAAACCAGCGCAGACCCUGGCACCCUGGUCUGAUGGAGCCCAGCGAACCGAGCAUGCUGAAACAAUGUGACCUCAACACUGAAACAAAACUGGACGACCUCAGCAGAAAAAAAAAAUGUCGAAUUGUAGCUGUACAGGGUGAGAUGUUCGUUGUGAACCUCUGAGGUGACUUACAGGACAUCGAAUAUUCUGGUCAUGCUGUACGUCUUACUGUAUAGUGAUAUCCCCCAUUAGCUCUGAGAUCAUUUACUUUUCUACAGAAUGUAUUCAGCUAAAAUCCUAUUUUCUAUCUUCCGAGUAUAACAGCAGAUAUAUUCAAAUAAUUUAUUACCUUUUUUUCUAUCCGAUAGCUGUCUGGUGUUCCUUCAGUCAACCCCCAUCUUAUGUUGUGAUCGCCUUCAAAUGUGGACAGACGAAUUGGGCCGUGAACUGUAGCAAACUCAAGUAGCAGUCAGGAGUGCCUCCGUUUAAAUGUGCUUAUGUUGGAAACUACUUCAAAUCUGAGCGGAAAUAAUCCAAAAAUAUUGAUGUCACUAAAUUAGAGCGUUUGGUAAGAUGUCAUGUUCUUUAUCUUUUUGUGCUGGAUAACUAGGUAGCCUACUCUGUUUUGACUCUGGCUGACACCUUCCACCAGAUGGAGUGUCCCAGUGGAGCAGUGGGAAUGUACACUGUCAUGCAGAGCACUUUAUAAACAUCUUGAGCCUUAAUUCCCUGAGCAUUCGCCAAGACAGUGGAACAAACGGGGAAGUGAGGUCAUGCCCUGAGUGUGUAAAUAGUGCUGAUUCCUGUACUAACAAUGUACAUUCUUUAAACUAACCACAUCAAACAGUAUAACCUGAGCAGCCUCCUGCUACUUUUCCCCUGAUGUGGCGCUAUAUAAGGUUGUAAAAGAGUGUGAACAGAGGCGGUUCUGAAUGACGGAGUGAGCAGGUCUCACACCAGACUGAUGACUUUUGUAUUUGGAGCAUUAUCAUGAUCGUGUUUGUAAAUCUGUCGCCAGAAAAUAAAUGCCUGUCAUCUUUUUUGUUGAAAAAUCAUUUUGCAAUUUAAAAAAAAUACUGCCAGAUCAGAACUUGUAUUUGUUGUGACGUGAACAAAACUAUUUUUAGAUUUGUUUCCAUGCUCAGUUGAGUUUUGUAUUCAUUUGAAUGUAAUGUGUCCUGAAGCGUCAUGUUGUAUGCUGAUGAUUGCAUUUUCUACUUUCAAAUCAAGAACCUCCAGUCCACGGUGGGAUGUUGCCCGAGUUUCACCAAGGUUCAAACCAUUCUCUCAGUCUCUCAUUUCUUGAGUUGAACCCAUGACCAAACUGCUGUGCACUGGGGGUCAUAAAUGUAUUUUUCAUAAACUCUACCCUGUAUGAUGAAAAUAAAGGAUAUAAAUUUAGCUAUGAAGCAAAUUUAUUCAAACUAUAUUAUAUUUAUGGACAUUUUUGUAAUGACUGUAGCUUAUUCUCACCUGUAUGGGAAUUCAAAACGUGUUUAAAAUGUUUCCUUCAGCAGUGUUGCUAACUAAAACAUGUAAAUACUUUUACCUUUUAUUUUCUGAAGCCUUUUUAAAAAAAAGCUAUUUAAAGACGUGUGUCUUUUCUCCUUUACUAGAUUGUUAAAAUAAGAAUCCAAUAGGCCUCCACUAUACUGUGCAUAUGAGACUGCCUACUCAUUCUACUAAAUAAAGUUUCAU